AUGUAUCACCUAGCAAAGGGUCUCUACCGAUUAGCGACCAGUAAAGAGGAAUACUCCGUCAUCCUCCUAGGCCUCGACAACGCCGGAAAGACCACCUUUCACGAACAAGUCAAAGCUCUCUUCCACCCCGACCAGCCCGAGCCCAAGUUGAGAACGGUUCCUACGGUCGGCCAAAAUGUCUCCACCAUCACCCUUCCCGACAUGUACCUGAAGCUCUGGGACGUCGGCGGCCAGCUCUCCCUUCGCGCCCUGUGGCACUCGUACUACUCGUCCUGCCACGCCAUCAUCUUCAUCAUCGACAGCACCGACAUCGGCGACGGCCAAAUCGAGCGCGAUCAGAACAACGGGCGGCUGGACGAGUGUCGGGCGGUGUUGGAGGAUGUGUUGCAGCACUCGGAGACAGAAGGCGUACCGCUGUUGAUAUUGGCGAACAAGCAGGACCGGGAAGACUGUGUAGAGGUGGUGCGGAUCAAGGAAGGCUUGGUAAAGAAGGUCUUCGAGGGCGAGAAGAGCGCAAGUAUUAGAGACUCGAGAGUGUUGCCGGUGUCGGCACUAACGGGCACGGGCGUGAGGGAGGCGGUGGAGUGGGUUAGGUCGAGGGUAAAGUGGAACAAGGAGUCGAGGCCGCCGGUUAUGCGGUGAGAAGCGGGAGCGGUUGAUGAUGAAAUACCAAUUCAUGACAUGACCCGCGUUCGCGACCAAUAUCGACGAACAUCGACAGCGCCGGAGCAGAGGAUUCUAUGUGGGGACCAAAUCCUCCCUUUGGGUUCGGCGAUGCUUGGAUCUUGCCUGCCGUUGAGGAU